UUUGGAUUUUUAGCUGGAUCGACAGAUUUCACGGACCGAAUAUUAUAUUAUGGCAAACAAAACAGGAUCCUGCUCCUAACACGCUGUCGUUUUUACCUGGGAUUGAUGUGAAGCGGAGAUUGGAGCAUUUUGGAAAAGUGUGCUCGACAACGUGUAAAUAACCCUGGAGAGUGGUGUGUGUGGUGAGGUGGGCUCUUUGUUUUUCUGGAAUGUUCCACCGAAUGCCAGACUCCCUGUAGAGAAACGGUCUCAGUCCAGGAGAUCUAUUUGGUUCCCAGCUGGCUGGCUUGUCACACCUCAUACAUUCUAGUGUUGAAGGCUUUGAACAGACUCUGGGACGCCCACUUCCUCCCAUUGGGUUCUGGUGGAAGAACACAGGAACGACACAGGCCCAGACCAAGUCACAAAUACGGACACACACGUACAUACACACACACACACACACAGACACACACACAUACAUACACACAGAGACUGGACAUACAUAGCUGUACCCAGGAUCUCCACCAUCCAACAGCCAUGGCUAGUGUGUGUCCCUAUGGACGUUUCACUCACGCUAUUGUCCGGGGUAUCCCAGAAUCCUUUGGGAAGGUGGGUGACGGUGGCAGCGGCGGCGGCGGGGAUGCCACCUCCACAGACCUGGCGAAGGCCCAGCGGCAGUUCGGUGUGCUGACGGGCGCCCUGAGGCAAAAGGUGGGCCUCCAGCUGAUCGAGAUUCCCGCAGAUGCCGAGCUGCCAGAGAGCUGGAAGAUCGAGGACGUGGCGGUGAUCCAGGGGGACACGGCGCUAAUCACCCGGCCGUGGAAACAACAGAGGCGUAGCGAGGUGGAGGCAGUGCGUAGAGUGCUGACGGAGCUCAACCUGUCCGUGGUAGAGAUGGGGGUGGAGGAGGGAGCAUCUGGAGGGGCAACUCUGGAGGGCAGCGAUGUGCUCUUCACAGGACGAGAAUUCUUUGUGGGAAUCUCCAAACACACCAACCACCGUGGCGCAGAGGUGCUGGCAGACACCUUCCGGGACUUUGCUGUGUCCACUGUGCCUGUGUACGGAGGCUACCGGCUGAAAAACAUCUGUUCAAUGGGAGGCCCAGACACCAUCAUCAUCAGUAACAGCGAAGGGGCCAGGAAGACACUGCGGAUGAUGGAGCAGCUGACGGAUCAUCACUAUGAGGUGCUCACGGUCCCUGAGGAUGCGGCGGCCAACUGCGUCUACAUCCGUGGUCCAGCUAAAGUGGACUACCUGCUCCACCCUACGGCUGAGGAGUGUCCCAACAGUGUGACUGCCUUCCAGAAGCUUCCAGACUACACCCUCCUCCCUACAGCCUGUAGUGAGGCCUCGAAGCUCGGCAGCUCACUCUCCUCCUUCUGUCUUCUAAUCAACAGAAAGCAUCAGGCGUACUAGCAUACUAGCACUUUCUGUGGAGUCACAGGCCCUUUUCCUUCUCUCAUGACGCAUACACACACACACACACACACACACACACACACACACAGUAGCCUAUGAAUCGCAUUCUACAACUAUUUACCCUUAAAAUACAAACACAAGAUGUUAUACAGUAAAACAGCCCAUAAUACACACAGUGACCGAGUAACCAGUCAAGAAAUAUUACUUUCACCACUUACAUUUUUUGGAUCGCAGCCUCAGUCGUGUCCCUCUGUGGGAACGAUUUCCUGCUAGUCCAGCACAGCUGCAGCUUGUGGGGAUAGAAGCAGCAGCCUGUGCUGUAUCAUACCUGUGAAUGUGCUUAGUCCAAGGGCCUGGGGACAGAAACAACAACAACAACAAAUCCAAACAUCUGUGGACAUGCUUAGGUGUCGGUUUCCUGUGUAAACUCUACGAGGAAUGCUUAUCACUUGAAUGUACAAAAAUGCCCCUGCAGAGACUUUUUAAAUCGGUGAUGGAGGUGACCCUGGUUUGUCAAGCACAGAGGUCGUAACAUAGUAGUCUGAUGCCACCUCCUCUGGUUUGGAAAUGAAUACCCUUUUUUGUUCAGUUCUGUGGCUUUGUCUACGGUGUCCUAUGCAUUGUCCCUUGCCCUUGAGGCACCUCUAUAAGGAUUUAUUUAGGCCACUGUGGAGAGAACUGUAUACAAGAGACAGAAUCAAUCUGUCAUUCGUAAAUUGCUCUUCAAGAAGUAGAUUUUUGAAGAAUGCAAUUGAUGAUUGCAAACUUUAACCACUUCAGCUGUGUGAUUUUGAAGGCAUAAUACAUUGUUACUCUUAGUAUUCCUAUGUGUUCUGUUUCAAGUUGGUUAAAGGCAUUUGUUGUAUAUUCCUGUUGCCCUAAUAAAUGCACUAAAACUAUGGAAACAAAUCUCUCACCAAAUUUAGAAUUUGAAAGCCUUUUUAAUUUCUAGCAUUCUAUUUGUUUGCAUUGAAAUUAUGUAUUAGAAUUUUCUUACCUCUCAACUCCUUACAUUUGUAUCGCUGUUUUUUCAAGUAACUGUAUUUCAAUUUUCUUAAAUGCAUUAAAAGUAUGUAGGAGAGAA